AUGGCAUUUAAAGACACCAGAAAGGCAUCCGUGGAACAGAUAGUGAUUCAUUAUAUUAGAAUUAUCCUUACCAGCCGCAAUGUGAAAUCACUUGACAAAGUGUAUGCUGACUUGAUCAGAGGCAUAAAGGAAAAGAAUCUCAAAGUGAAAGGACCUGUUUGCAUGCCUACUAAGACUUUGAGAAUCACUAAAAGAAAAACAUCUUGUGGUGAAGGUUCCAAGACCUGGGAUCCUUUUCAGAUGAGAAUCCACAAGGACUCAUUGACUUUGCACAGUCCUUCUGAGAUUGUUAAGCAGAUUACUUUCAUCAGUAUUGAGCCAGGAGUGAAGGUCGAAAUCACCAUUGCAGAUGCCUAA